UCGGCUGGUAGUGGGCGGGGCUACCGGGGAGAAGAUCUCCACGGUUCAAAAGAAAAAGACAACAUCUCGGAGUUGUUCCCAUUCCGCCAUAGUCGUCCAUUACUCACGUCUCCUUCUUCUUCGGCAUCGCCUCGCUCGUUCGCUCCGCUCCCCGUUUCAUGUCGACUUUGUGCGUCUAACACUUUUGACGAGCACAACUUUUUCCUUUCCGUGUCAUCUGCGAGAGACCGCCAUGCACAAACUGUACAUCGGGAACCUGGUGGACGGCGUGACCGCCGAGGACCUCGGGAGGACCUUCGACGAGCACAAGAUCCCUUAUGCGGGACAUUUCCUGGUGAAAAGCGGCUACGCGUUCGUGGAUUGUCCGGACGACCAUUGGGCCAUGAAGGCGAUAGAAACCUUUUCUGGUAAAGUGGAAGUUCACGGGAAGUGUAUCGAGGUGGAACACUCGGUCCCCAAGAAGCAAAGGACCAGAAAGCUGCAGAUCAGAAACAUUCCACCUCACCUUCAGUGGGAAACUUUGUGCCAGAUGUUCGAUGGCCUGCUGGCUCAGUGUGGAAGUGUGGAGAACUGCGAACAAGUCAACACGGACAGCGAGACUGCAGUGGUGAACGUUACGUACGCCUCCCGCGAACACGCCAGGCAUGCCAUCCAGAAACUGAAUGGGUACCAGCUGGAGAGCAACACUCUACAGGUGUCCUACAUUCCCGAUGACAGCUCUGACCCGGACGGAGACCACCGGGGGCCCGACAACGGCCGCCGCCCCGGUUACGGGCCCCGCGGCGGUCCUCGCAGCGGCUCCCCGAACUCAGGGAUCCCGAACAAACUUCAGCACGGCGACAUUCCUCUGAGGCUUCUUGUACCCACGCAGUACGUGGGCGCCAUCAUCGGCAAGGAGGGAGCCACCAUUCGCAACAUCACCAAGCAGACGCAGAGCAAGAUCGACGUUCAUCGUAAAGAGAACGCAGGCGCUGCUGAAAAGUCCAUCAGCAUCCAUUCCACUCCUGAGGGCUGCUCUGCCGCUUGCCAGAUGAUCUUAGAUAUCAUGCAGCAGGAGGCCAAGGAUACCAAGACUGCUGACGAGGUUCCUCUGAAGCUUCUCGCCCACAAUAACUUUGUCGGACGCCUCAUCGGGAAGGAAGGACGCAACCUGAAGAAAGUCGAGCAGGACACCGACACCAAGAUCACCAUUUCGCCUCUUCAGGAUCUGACGCUGUACAACCCAGAGAGAACCAUCACAGUGAAAGGGUCCAUGGAGGCCUGCUGCCAGGCUGAGGUGGAGAUCAUGAAGAAAGUGAGAGAGGCCUACGACAACGACGUUGCCGCCAUGAACCAACAGACUCACCUGAUACCUGGGCUCAACCUGGGAGCCUUGGGCCUCUUCCCUUCCUCCUCCAAUAUGCCUCCACCGCCAUCAGGGAACCAGGUCCCCGGGGCCCCUUACAGUUGUUUUGGGGCUCAAGAGCAGGAGACUGUGCACAUCUACAUCCCGGCACAGGCGGUCGGCGCCAUCAUCGGGAAGAAAGGACAGCACAUCAAACAAUUGAGUCGCUUUGCGGGGGCAAACAUUAAGAUCGCCCCGGCUGAGACUCCAGACUCUAAAAUGAGGAUGGUCAUCGUGACAGGACCGCCUGAAGCUCAGUUUAAGGCGCAGGGACGAAUAUAUGGCAAGCUGAAGGAAGAGAACUUCUUUGGGCCAAAGGAAGAAGUCAAGCUGGAAACCCACAUCAAGAUGGCGGCUGCCGCUGCAGGAAGGGUGAUUGGAAAAGGAGGCAAGACGGUGAACGAGCUGCAGAAUCUCACGGCAGCCGAGGUGGUCGUGCCCAGGGAGCAGACACCUGAUGAAAACGACCAAGUCAUCGUCAAGAUUAUUGGACAUUUCUACGCUAGCCAGUUGGCCCAAAGGAAGAUCCGAGACAUCCUGACUCAGGUAAAACCGCCGCAGAAGGGCGGGGGUGGCCCCUCUGCCCAAAGCCAGGUGUUCUCCGACAGGUGCAGCCCCACGCAGGGACUGACACAAGACCAGCUGCGCAGGAAGUGAGGGACCGUGCUCGCUCCUCGCGCACCGCCGGGCAGACGCUCGCCUGGUUGACGGACGGACGGACGGACGGACAGACGGAUGCGGAGACACAAAUUGAGAAGUUUAAAGAUUUGAAAGGAAGUGCGAGUCAAAGACUUUGGAUGAAAGGACUUUAGGACCAAGAGAGCCAACGACAAGAAGAGAGACUGAUUGAGGGAUGAAAGAAAGGAGGGAAAGGUGUCCUCCACGUGUGCCUUGGUGGCCGUGCAGACCUUGUGAGCCCACCUGCUUGUCCUAGUCUUGGUGCUUGCAAAUCCUCUACUUGAGGUCCCUUACAGUCGGACGUUUUCUACGGUCCCUAAGAGAAUUUUAUUGUAUAGAAAUGUUUUUAUUGCAGUAGAAGGCAGUCAGGAGAAGGAGCAGGAAGGCUGGCGAGGAACAUAUUUCUUCCUCAGAUGAAGAUAUGUCUUUGAUCUAAACACAUUCAUUUUCAUGGUGGACUCCUUGAACAGAGGACGACAGAACCAAUCAAAUAAUCGAGUCAAGCUGCUGCCAAAGAGCUCAAUUUGAGUCUCAUUGUCCCACUAAUGGGUUGUUGCAGCUGUAAUGCUGGCAUGUAGUCCAUUCCAGAUUUGAGUAGGUUUACAAUCGUGACUUGGGAUCAGUUAUUUGGUCUUUCCUAUGGUGGGGAAGAGGCUUAGUCCUGAGAUCAGUUCUUUGGUCCUGCUCAUGGUGGGUAAGAGGCUUAGUCUUGAGAUCAGCCCUUUGGUUUUGCUCAUGGUGGGAAAGAGGCUUAGUUCUGAGAUCAGUUCUUUGGCUUUCCUGCUGGCCAGUUGCACUCCCUUCAGGCUCUCUCAGCCUCUUUUGGGACUCUUGCAGACCAGCUGUGUCUCAAAGUCCCAGGGCAACAGUUGCUGGGAAUCAGUUUGGGAUUUUAAGACUCUGUGAGCAAUGUUUGAGGUGCUCCUUGUCCUUGGACCUCCAAAAAAGCAGGGUAAGAGCAGUAUCCAAGCAAAGCCUGCAUGUAUGUUGUACUGACACCGACUGAACACUAGAGUGCAGUAUACUCACAGCUGACUAGGAGUGAUUCGUGACUCUUUUCAUUCAUUCUCCGUGAAGCUUCCAGGCCGUGCAUCAUCUUGACAUGUCAAAUUCCUGGAGGGACUUAUUCAUGUCUGGAUCUCUAUAGGUUCUGUCUCUGUCUGCUCAAAUAAAUUCACCAUCAAAAUGAUGGACUGCUGAAAACUACACACUCAGCAGGGGUUCAAAGACUUAUUCUUCUUACUCGUUGUAUUGUAAACAGGAAAUGAAAUAUUCGAGCUGCUGUCUGUCACUGGCUGCAAAUGACACGUCUUUUUACACCAAAAACACCACAGCUCACUCAUGUUACCAUUUCAGCAUAACCUCCAUUUACGAGCCUAAUUGGUUCUUGGACGUGGUUCGUAAAUAAAUAAAUACAUGACAAGUUUG